AUGCAAUCGAGCUCACUCUCCGCGCAAUUCAAGCAGCGGCACGCCACGCCAAAAGGGCUAUGCCGGCCGGGGCUCUUUGCGCGCUUCCGGCGCCUGGCGCUCGAGGCUGAUGCGAAUGCGACGUGGGGGCGGCUGGACGCGAAUCGGCUGACGACGCGCACGAUCGAGCUGUUGCAGUACCACGAGCCGGCCGACUCGCUCGGCUGGCACAUCGACCCGCAGUCGGCGGUGACGAUGCUGCUGAUGCUCUCGGCCGACGGCGCGUACGCGGGCGCGGCGCUCGAGCACGAGAGCGACGGCGUGGUGCACCGCGCGCGGCCGACGCAGCACGAGGCGCUCUUCUACCGCUCGGACCAGGAGCACCGCGUCACGCCGUUCGAGAGCGGCACGCGCGUGGCGCUCGCGCUUGAGUGGUGGCACGAGCAGGGGGUAGACCUCAAGCACACGUUCAGAAACCACCGCCCCUUCGCCACGGGGCCGAGCACCUGCCCGAGGUGA